AUGCCUCACAUACCUCCCGCCCCCGCGAAACCCUGGCUUCACUGGCCCAAGCAAUCCAAGACAUACGGGCCCUUAAUCUCUGUGAAGGCGCUCGGCCAGACCAUCAUCAUCGCAUCUUCACUGUCCAUCGUUCCGGACCUCCCUGGAAGGAAAGCGCUCCUCGGCAAUAUCAUCCCAGGCCAGCUUCGCCUUCGGCUCCAAGUUAUGCGGCUGGGAAUAUGGACCGGCCAUGGUGCCCUCCUCAUCUCGCAUCCGCGCGUAACGGGAUCAUUGCACUCGUCCCACGUAACUGGCCCUGCUAUCCAGCAACAUCGAGACCGAGACAGCGCUGUUCUUGUUCAAAGGGAUCUGAAUGACCACUCGACGUAUUGCGGCUGA